AUGCCCUCCCUAAACCACAGCACAGUGACCAGAUUCAUUCUCUUGGGCCUCACAGACGACCCAGUGCUGGAGAAGAUCCUGUUUGUGGUGUUUCUGGUGAUCUAUCUCGUCACGAUGGUGGGGAAUCUGUGCAUGAUCUUGUUGAUCAGGACCAAUGCUCGUCUGCAAACUCCCAUGUAUUUCUUCCUUGGCCACCUUUCUUUUGUUGACAUUUGCUAUUCCUCCAAUAUUACUCCCAACAUGCUGUACAACUUCCUCUCAGACCAAAAGGCCAUCUCCUACGCUGGGUGCUUCACACAGUGCCUUCUCUUCAUUGCUCUGGUGAUCACUGAGUUCUACAUCCUUGCUUCAAUGGCAUUGGAUCGCUAUGUUGCCAUUUGCAGCCCUCUGCAUUACACAACCAGGAUGUCCAAGAGUGUUUGCGUCACCCUAGUCACAGUCCCUUAUACUUACGGCUUCCUGAAUGGGCUCUCUCAGGCGGUUUUGACUUUUCAGUUAUCUUUCUGUGGCUCCCCCGAAAUCAACCAUUUUUAUUGUGCUGACCCUCCCCUUUUAAUGUUGGCCUGCUCUGACACCUAUGUUAAAAAGAUGGCUAUGUUUAUAGUUGCUGGUUUUACUCUUUCAAGUUCUCUUUUCAUCAUACUCCUGUCCUACCUUUUUAUUUUUGGGACCAUCUUGAGGAUGCCCUCUGCUAAAGGCAGGCACAAAGCCUUCUCCACUUGUGGUUCCCACCUGACAACAGUCACUAUAUUUUAUGGAACCCUUUUCUGUAUGUACUUAAGGCCUCCAUCUGAGAAGUCCAUAGAAGAGUCCAAAAUAAUUGCCGUUUUUUAUACGUUUUUGAGUCCAAUGCUGAACCCACUAAUCUACAGCCUGAGGAACAAGGAUGUGAUUCAUGCCAUGCAACAAGCCGUCAAGGGAAAUCUUUUCCACAAAGUUACAGUGUAA